UUGGACUGUUAACCAUCACCUUUGAUACACUACACAGUGAAAAAACAAUUAUCCACAAAAAUCCAUAUGUCCAAUUGGGUGGCUGUUAUAGCCCACCUCAUUGUCUAGCCCAUUACAAAACUGCUAUAAUUGUACCAUGCAGGAAGUGUGAACAGCAGUUGAACCAAUUUCUCUAUUACCUUCAUCCCUUUCUCCAACGUCAACAGCUUAGCUAUUGUAUCUACUUGAUUCAUCAGGCUGGAACUGGUCCAUUUAACAGAGCAAAGCUCCUUAAUGUUGGUGUCCAUGAGGCCAUGAAAGACAAUGAUUGGGACUGUCUGCUUCUACAUAAUAUGGAUCUUAUUCCAGAAAAUGACUAUAAUCUUUAUGUCUGUGACAAAUAUUAUCCCAAACACUUGUCCACUGCUAUUGACAAGUUAUAUUACCGCCUGCCAUAUUCAUCCUAUUUUGGUGGUGUUACUGCUUUGACCCCAGACCACUACAUGAAGAUAAAUGGGUUUCCAAACACAUACUGGGAGCGUCUUGAUGAAGAUGAUGACAUUGCAGAAAGGAUCCAUAUAACAGGAAUGAAAAUAAUUCAGGUUCCUCUACAUGUUGGACGUUACAAAAAGAUGGGUUAUGGACAAACAGUUAGCCCUUUACUGAGGCUAAAAAGGCCUGCUGAAUUGCAUACUUCCCAAACAUGGAAAGAUGAUGGAACAAAUUCCCUUGUCUUCAAACUCUUAGAAAAGAAGAAAAAAUACCUUUAUACGCACAUUAUGGUAGAUAUUGGAGCCACACCAGCAUUACCACCUCCAAGUAGAAGAAAAAGGAAUAACACUUGACUUCAGCAUCAUCUGAAGCUUUCAUAUCUUCGAGCAUUUUACAAACUAAACUCACCAGGACAAGAAGGAGGGGAAAGAGAACAUUGCUUUUGCAUGCAUUUGACCAAAUAAAGCAGGAGCC